AUGACCUAUUGUAGUUCACUUUUAUUCAGUCUUCUCUACACAAUAAGAAAAGAAACAAACUGAGUUUAAUCAAGGAGCAACAAUGGCUGACGAGGUGGUUCUUCUGGAUUUUUGGGCGAGUGUAUAUGGGAUGAGGACGAGGAUUGCUCUGGAGGAGAAGAAAGUCAAGUACGAUUAUAGAGAACAAGAUCUUUUGAAUAAAAGUGCCUUGCUCCUCGAGAUGAACCCGGUUCAUAAGAAAAUCCCGGUUCUCGUUCACAAUGGUAAACCGGUCUGUGAAUCUCUCAUUCAGAUCGAGUACAUCGACGAGACUUGGCCCGGUGAAAACCCACUCCUUCCCUCCGAUCCUUACGAGAGAGCGCAGGCCAAGUUCUGGGCCGACUUCAUCGACAAAAAGAUGAGUGUUACGGCGAAGAGAGUUUGGGCAACGAAAAGUGAGGAGCAAGAAGCAUCCAAGGAGUUAAUCGAGAUACUCAAGACGCUAGAGUCCGAGCUUGGUGAAAAACAUUAUUUUGGAGGCAAGACGUUUGGGUUUGUUGAUAUAGCUCUCAUCGGGUUCUACAGCUGGUUUGGGGUGUACGAGAAAUAUGGGAAUGUUAGUAUUGAAUCAGAGUGUUCAAAAUUGAUUGCAUGGGCUAAAAGGUGUUUGCAGAGAGAUAGCGUCACUAAAACCCUGCCUGAGUUGGAGAAACUCAUUGCGCUCAUUUCUGAGCGUAGGAAGAGUCUUGGCCUCGAGUAGAUCAUCUUCUGUUGUUCUAUAUCUUGCUCUUUGUUAUGUUCUUUCUCUCUUUCAAAGGUUUUCUUCUGCAGAAUAAUACGAAGAUUCUGUUCGCGUCUUCAUUAUAUUUGGAAAUAAAUUUUCAAUUAGUUGAAAA